AACAGUGUCGCCACCAUCGCUUUCCAAGGACGGGCUCGGCUUGGUUUUUUACGGUCAUUCUUCUUCGCUCUACAAAAAUAAUUCGCUAUGCCGGCAUACGGAGUUUCAAUCAGAGCUGGCCCAGACAGUUCUUCUGGCUUCAAAUGGUUUGGUCCGAGCAGUCCAGUGGACAUCGGCUCGUUUGGGAGGAGCUGGGUGAGAAUCGGCGGAGCAUUUGGAGCCUCCGCCGUGGUGAUGGGCAUGAUGGCGAAAGUGAAACUGCCCAAAGUGCUUGAGGGCAAAGAAGAGAAAGAACAACAGGAGCUAAUGAAGAUGUAUGAAGUAGCUCACAGGCUACAUCUGACACAUGCUGUAGCAAUACUAGCGCUGCCACUUGUAAGACACCCUUGCUUGACUGGCGGCCUCUGGAUUGGUGGCGUGAUGCUCGCAUCUGGUGGGAUGUAUUGCCGAGUUCUCACGGGAAAAGAGUGUUGUGGGAAGGUGUGCCCGGUUGGUGGUGCUUUCAUUGCUCUUGGCUGGCUCUCUGCCAUGCUCUAAAGGCACCGACAAGCGUGGCGAGAGUAGAAGCCUAUAGAUGGGUAGUAUACUAUGGCAAUUGAAUCGUAUUGCACAUUUUUUUGUAAUAAAAAUCUCCGAGAUUAACUGGUUUUUGUUAGACAGUAUUAGCACGACCAAUUCUGUAUGCAACUAUAGUUGGCGAUAAUUUAGAAGACUGCGUGAAAAAUUGUACAUUAUUGCUAAUUGGAAAAUAUUCUAAUUUAACUUUGCUCUGACAUUAGUAAGUGUAGUGAGCAAGCGGUCCAUGCUAAGAUGGGCAGAGAGGGAUCCUACAAGAACAUGUAGCCUAAGCUGUACCCUAAAGUGUUGUGAAAUUAUAUGCUUUAUAUUAUUCUUGCUAGUCAUCUCAGUUUCGUAUUGACGUUAGCAUAUCAUUAUUUAUGCUUAUAUUAGUUAUUUUUAGUUUUAAGUACAUAAGAAGAAUCUCGAAAUGUUGGUAGGUGCAUAACAACUAGACGGUGCUGCCAAAUUGUCAUGAUUGUACUCGUUCUACCUGUUGACAGGAAAAAUGUUACGUACUUGUCUACAAUAGCCGACUGAAAAUUGGAAAGCAGCUAUUUACAUGUACCUUUGUAUGCAAUUUCAUGACACAAAUUGCAAUUACUGUAUCACCACAGUCAGAGUAGUGGGAAAUGCAUGGAUUUGUCUAGAAAGUACUGUACGAAAUAAUCGUAACAAUGAUAAAAUAAAAGUGUAGAAAUAAUAA